GUUCUACACUUUAAUGACGUUUUCCAGAACAAAGGGGUCAGGGUCUUGAUUCCAUUGGCUUUACGCAGUAGCCUGCCACUGAAUGUGUCACUGAGGGAGGUUAGUGUACAUCCGACCAAUCACCCACUGCAGCAGGUUCCUCAUGUUGUUCAAUUCCUGGUGGCCACGGCAGCCCUGUCCAGCCGAAAUGUAGUGGGCGGUGGGAUCUUCUCCAUUUCCCCAUGUUUAUUCAAGUCUUGCUGUUUUCUCACGUUUCAUUGUAUCUGUUAUGAAUUGUAGGGGGACGGGGCUGCUGAAUUUCAAAAUCACAUUACGGUGCAGCCCGCGGUCUGCCUUAAGGUUCCCUCCUGGUCCGUCACUUUCUGAUAGGAGAAAGCUACGGAAUCCUCGUCUGCAUCCCGGUUGAUGACGGUGAGAUUUCGGUCUGCUGCUAGCUGCCUGCGCUACGGAAUUUAGCACGGAUCUUGCAGGCAGCGAUUCCGUGUAGCCUCUUCUCAAUGUGCACGACACAUUAAGCUAUUGGCCAUCGACAAAGGUGUGUUGCGGAAUACGCGCUCGUUGGCUUUCCAAAGUUGGGUGAAAUCAGGAGGACCUCUAGUACAGAACCUUGUGAUGGUUAUGAUGAUUAAAGACUUCAUCACAUCACCUGUCCCCUCUUGGUCUACUAACCCAGUUGUGUGUUGUUAAACAUCUCUCCACUUCCCCGCCGAGAGUCACGAUGAUCAUUCGGUCCAACCCAAACCUGCCCUUUGGGACAAGAACCCCCCAUAACCCAGCUCAUCAAAUGAUAUGAUAGUAGCUACCUGGAUCAGUUACUGUGCCUGCAGGAGCCUUGCACAGGUUCUGCUAUUCCUUUUCUCCACAAACACCUUUUCUUCCCCGUGGGAGACCCUCGCCUUUGUGCUUGCUGGUCCUGGAACCAUGGGUAAUAGCUGUGUGUGUCGGGAGGAUAGCGAUGUAGAGGACCAUCACCACGGGACAUCGAGAGGAUCCCGAGGACAAGCCAGGCGCGUGGACCAUGGUACGGGCGUAGCUGUCGAAGCGGGAGAGUCUCGUAGUAGUCGCCCAAGGGACCCGGUCAGACCCCCACGCAGGGGGCGCGGCCCCCACGAGCCACGGCGGAAGAAGCAAAACGUGGAUAGCCUGGUGCUGGACACGCUGGCUGUCAUCAGGACCCUUGUAGACAAUGAUCAAGAACCACCGUAUUCCAUGAUCACUUUACACGAGAUGGCAGAGACGGAUGACGGCUGGCUAGAAGUUGUCCAGUCUCUGAUUCGAGUGAUACCAUUAGACGACCCACUUGGCCCUGCAGUCAUCACCUUGCUAUUGGAUGAGUGCCCCUUGCCCACUAAGGACGCACUCCAGAAACUGUCGGACAUGCUGAGUCUGAGUGCAGCCGUGGCCCAACAGGAUGCUCUAACUCCCGCCAAACACAGAAACACCACAGCUGUCCUCGGAUGUUUGGCUGAGAAACUGGCUGGACCAGCCAGUAUUGGACUCUUGAGCCCCGGAACUCUCGAAUACCUUCUAGAGAGCAUGAGCUCUGAGGCGCACCCCACUGUCAUGCUGUUUGCUCUGAUUGCCUUGGAGAAGUUCUCUCAGACCAGUGAGAACAAGCUGACAGUAUCCGAGUCUUGUAUUAGCAAGAGACUGGCUGUGUUGGAAUUGUGGGCUGAGCACACCAACUAUCUAAAGAGGCAGGUUGGAUUCUGCUCGCAGUGGAGCUUAGACAACCUGUUCCUGAAAGAAGGGCGUCAGUUCACUUACGAGAAGGUCAAUCUCACCCAUAUCAACGCCAUGCUCAACAGCAAUGACGUCAGCGAGUACCUCAAGAUCUCCCCGAGUGGAUUAGAGGCCCGGUGUGAUGCGUCCUCCUUCGAGAGUGUGCGCUGUACGUUUUGCGUGGAUUCAGGUGUGUGGUACUAUGAGGUGAUCGUCAUUACAUCAGGUGUGAUGCAGAUCGGAUGGGCCACCAAGGACAGCAAGUUCCUCAACCAUGAGGGUUACGGGAUUGGCGAUGAUGAAUACUCGUGCGCAUAUGAUGGCUGCAGGCAGCUCAUCUGGUACAAUGCUCGCAGUAAACCUCACGCUCACCCCUGCUGGAAGGAGGGAGAUGCAAUCGGCUUCCUGCUGGACCUCAGCAAAAAGCAGAUGAUCUUCUAUCUGAAUGGGCAUCAGCUGCCACCAGAGAAACAGGUCUUCUCCUCCGCCACGUCCGGCUUCUUUGCGGCAGCCAGUUUCAUGUCAUACCAGCAGUGUGAAUUUAACUUUGGUGCCAAACCUUUCCGCCACCCGCCCUCAGUCAAGUUCAGCACCUUUAACGACUUUGCUUCGCUGCUACCAAGUGAAAAGAUUAUCCUACCGAGACAUCGGCGUCUGGCUUUACUGAAACAAGUUAGCAUCCGUGACAACUGCUGCACACUGUGCUGCGACAUCAUGGCUGACACAGAGUUGAGGCCCUGUGGACAUGGGGGUAUGUGUAUGCAGUGUGCCUUACAAUUAGAAACGUGUCCCCUCUGUCGCCAAGACAUCCAGACUCGCGUCAGACUCAUUGCACAUGUCUCCUGACACUCUUCCUGUGAGGAUAGAUGCACAAGCCCUACUGCCACCUCCCCCUCCAAGCCCCUCUGGCCCAGCGGGCUUGGGGGACGGUGCCGCAGUGAACGUAGCAGAACUGCACGUUCUGGUCAGAAGAGGCCUUGGUGGAAGGGUGAUGAUAGGAAACGAAGGAGAUGAGCAGAUUGGAAACCACCCACAGCAGAAUUCCCGUGAGCUAACCCUUAUUUAACGACACCUCCUCUCGUGUUCUUCCAAGCAGAAGCAAGACUAGAAUCCUCUUGAACUGUGUGGAUACACUAAAGGAGCGGGUCAAAACGCUCCUUUAGUGUAAAAAGUAAUGAAGAUUACAUCAAAUGUCUCAUCUGCAAGAUCGUUAGCGGACCGGACCUUUUUUUACAAAUGAAGAUACAGCCCGUUUAGAGGCCACUGUUUUGGGUUCUGAAAGAGCAGGGUAGUAGUAAUCAAUUCAGUCAUGAAUACAGUGUUAACUCUAAGGUACAGACAAAUGUGAGGUAUUUCACUUUUAUAUUACUGGGUGUAAAUCUGCAAUUUAUUGUGUUUCGAAGGUAGCAUUCUCCUUGUCUUUGCUCCAUGUCAUACCGAUGCCCCUCAGUUAAUGUCCCUUCCUGAUGCUGAACCAUGACCCAUUAUGUGGACUUUUCACAAAUAGGGACGAUCUGAUGCAGUAAUGUCAACAGACCAAAAACAUGUAGGCCUCACUUAAUUUACAAAGAUGAAUGUUCAAUGUCCAGUCUCGCCAGAGGAAUGACUUAGACUACUGCCCAUACAGUAAGCAACCUUCAAUUCGGUACUGUAAUGAUUUGAAACAAUCUCUGCUUGCUUGUUGCGUUUUAUUUUGAAGUCUUAGAUUGACCUUUGCGUGCAGUGGUGUAUGUCAGUAAGGACCACAAGUACAUACUAAAGAUGCUCCCAGCAAAGAUGUGGAUAACAGCGAUAAUAAACUUAAGUCGAACCACCCGAGUGAGUCUUUAGUUUGCUUAGGUUGACACAUAAAUGUGGCAUCGCUACAUUGUUACUUUCUAGAAGAGUGCAACCAACCCACCCCCCUUAAAAAAACAACUUAUUUUGUCAUUAUCACUGUGACAUCACAGUAAUACAUGAUAAAUAUUAUUUGGACUGGGCUGUCAGAUAACUCAGCUAUUGAUUUUAAUCAUUAAUAGCUAUGUUAAAUACCCCAAGUGUUUCUCCAGAAGAUGUUGUGGCAUCUGUUUGUAACCAUCUUUUUUUUUAUGCAUUUUGCUACAAAUCAUUGCACUCCUUUAGUAAGUCUGCUUGUUUACAAAACUUCCUCAAAUUUGCUCUAUCAUCUUGGAUACAAGCAGUCGUGACCGCUUCAGACUGACCCUUUACAAUGGAUACCAUGUUUACUGCCCAGCUUUAUUUGAAGCAUCUCCGGCUUGACUUGUUUUUUGAGGAAGAUUCUUUUUGUGGCUUAUCUAAAGACGUGUUUUAAUUGUUAAUAAAAUCACAGCCGAAAUGUAUUCAACAUAUGCAUGAGCUCAGUCUAUAAAAAACGUCUAAAGUAUACUGGGAGGAUUUCUGAAGAUGACUUGAAUUGGUCAGUGAGACAAGUAAGUGCUUGUCUAGUUACUGUUUGCUAAUUUGGAGCACCUUAAAAGAGUAGCUGAGGGAAAUAAUGAGUUGGAUGGCUGGGGAUGUAAUUCAGGAUAAAAUUGUGAAAUAUUGUUGAGAAAAAUGAAUUGAGGAAUUUCCCCCACAGAAUUCCCAAAGAUGCGAUUUAUCAAAGAAUUGUUGUAUCCUUGAUUGUGCUAUUUGUAAUAAAUGUUCAUGUGAUGUUUGUGUGUCUUUA